AUGCCAGCCACUGCGCGCGGAAUCAGCCCCAACGUCAGUGAGAGUAUACCACGUGAAUCCGCCAAAGGAUAUCGCGAUCCAAUCAGAGGCCUAGCUAGGUUCGUAGAAAAAGAUGACGAGGAUCUCUCAUUUGACGAGGACAUCAGGGAUGCCAUCCGAACCCAUCCGCCCGCGGUUUUGAGAACCGAGUUCAGAUUGCUGCCCGGAACCGCCUCUUUGACUUCGCCGACUAGACGUCGGUCGUUGAGUGAGUUCAGCGAGGACACGGACACGGACAUCACCGAAAUCAACGACGAGGAUUUCGAGGAAAUCGACGAUAUAUUCGGCAAGGAAGAAAGCGGCAUUUACAACAGCGACGGAACGCGGGUAUCAAAGAAAACCGCUGGCCCCACCAGGGCGCGGGAAGUCCUAAUCCAGCGGAAACAGCAAAUGGAGGAGCAGGCACGGGCCGAGGAUGACGAGUUGUACCGCCGCUACACAAACAGCCAUACCGAGCACAACAACAAUGAGCUCCUAGAUCCGGCCGCAGACGAGGUGAACACUCUCAAGCUCAAAGACCUACGUUUAUAUGGCCAUCUGCCUCUGCGGCAGCAAAAAGACCAUUUGCAAAACGAUGCCACCAUCGACUAUGAGUACACGAAAGACGACUUCGAGACUUUCGAAGACGGCUUUGCCGAUGUCCUUCCUUCCAUGAUCUGCCAGGAUAAGCUCCUGCACUUUCACACGAAGCCAGUGGCUCCUAGUGGUGACCUCCUGCGGAAGGCAAGCAUGCCCGUGUUUCCAAGAUCACUCAAAGCAUCGAAGCCCACCAAGUUCAAGUCCUCUAUGGAUCUUGCUGGUACGUUGCGGGCGAAGCCCUCUGAACACCCGCUUUUCAACCACAACAACAAGAUCAUCAGGAAGUUAGACAGAAUGCCCUCGUUCCACAUAAAAAGAAACCAGCAGCCUCCUUCUGAAUCACGAGAAGACUUGUUGGAUUAUAACAUGGAGCUACGCAAAAAGCAGCUCCUAGAAAAGUACAUGGAGAUUUCGGAAAAACAGUUCCAGCUACGUUCAAGUCCAACCAAGUCCUCUGGCACAAAACAUCACGAUAAACCGCCCAGGAAAGGGGUGGGUAUUGUGAAAUACCUAAACCAUAGGUCUGCUGUCCCUUCGCUCACUGGAAACAAGCAAAUGAAAUUUAAUCUGAACUCAAAACUCUGGGAAGGAAACGAACAUGAUCUCUUGCGCUUUGAUGAAAAUAAGGACGAUGGUCCUUCUCACAAAAAGCAAAAGCAGCCCAGUUUGAUAACGGUCGACCAGUUUCGGCAUCAGAAGGACACCGUCAAAGGGAAUAUGGUUUAUGACCCGGAAAAUCUAAGAUGGGUGAACAAAGAUGCUAUUGACGAGCAACAGGAAAAUGUUUUUGAUGAUUUGCCGGACCUCACACCAAAUGACAUUCCACAAUAUGCAACUACAGAACCAGUUCAAUCAAAACCCACGCUAUAUAAUCGUGGAGUAAGCGCAUUUACCCAAAGAACCUUUCUGAACAACUCCACUGGAAGUACAGCGGUGAGCAAUAGCACUGCUGGCGAGGAGUUUGUACUCAGCCUGAAACACAUGGCCAAAUUUGAAAAAGAAGAAAUGAAGAUUAGAAGAAAAACGCAUAAUUGGUUUGGUCCCAGUGAAAGCUACCACCUCAGCAGUCGAAGCAAUUUCGAUUUCGAGUACUUCUGGGAGAUCCGCAAGAUGGUAAUGGACAAUGAUGCCUGA